CCUGAGUUUAAAGGCUGUAAAUCUGCUUUAGCCAUUGCUGCCUGCUGGGAAACUGUUGUGGGAUCUACCAGACCAGGGCCACAAUGGGGAUAUUUACAAGCAAACAACAGACAGAACCUGCUCCUUGCAGCCUCCUUACAGUAAAGGUCAUAAAAAUGAAAAAUCUCCGGAAGGCAGACCUGCUAACCCAGUCUGAUUGCUACGUGAAUUUAUGGCUGCCAACUGCUUCAGUGAAAAGGGCUAAGACCCAAACUGUGAAUGACACCAAAGACCCAGUGUGGAAUGAAACUUUUCACUUUAGGAUUCAGAACCAAGUAAAGAACAUUCUGGAGCUUAAGGUUUGUGAUGAAGACAAACAUACUGAAGAUGACCAUCUCCUCACUGUUUUCUUUGAUGUUUCUAAAAUCCAACUUGGAGAAACAGUUCUGCUAAACUUUCAGCUGAAUCCAAAGGGUAAGGAGGAACUGGAAGUUGAAUUCACAAUGGAGAGCAGCCCCGAUGUCCCAGAGAAGAUUGUUACUAAUGGAGUCCUAGUGGCUCGUGAAGUUGCUUGUUUGGAAGUUCAAGUGGAUGGAGGAAGAAUGAAAAAGGAUUCAACCGAAAGAAAAUUCACACUUUCAGUGGGUGGAUCCCAUGAAGAAGCUCAAAACCUCACAUUGCGAACUUGGCUUUGCCCUGCAUCUCCUGCUAAAUUUCACUACAUCAAAUAUAACCAAUCGGAAUUAGAUAUUGAACUGCCAAGGAGGCAGCUCUGUGCGGCUUCCAGAGAGAGAAAUCAGUCGGCGACUGUUCCCUUGAAUACACUUCCUAUACAAGAGGAAGUGACAAUAGUACCGAACAAAACAUUUGAUUUGAAUGUGAAGUCAAAAGAUUGGACUCAGGGCCUACUGUUUAAAAGGCCAAAAAAUCUUGAUGUGCGUCUAGGAUAUGAUUUGUGCCCAGACGAAAAGAAUUUCCUACAGAAACGGAAGAAAGUGGUGGCUGCUGCUUUGAAAGAUGUGCUUCAUUUAGAGCAAGGCCUGAAAGAUCAUGAAGUGCCUGUGGUUGCUGUGACAACUACAGGGGGUGGGAUGAGAGCACUGGCAGCUACAUACGGCACCCUUUGGGGUCUCCAGAGAAUGAAGCUUUUGGACUGUGUUUCAUAUAUAACUGGCUCUUCAGGAACAACAUGGGCUAUGACAGAUUUGUAUGAAGAUGCUGAUUGGUCAUAUAAGGAUCUUGGAGAGAUAAUCAAGAAAGCUCGAAUUCAAGCAGCCAAAUCUAAAAUGAGUGCAUUUUCCUUGGAAAGCCUAAAGACCUAUCAUAAGGAGCUGUCUCAGAGGACCACAGCAGGAUAUAAGACAUCCUUCAUAGACCUUUGGGGACUCAUGAUUGAAGCCAUGCUGAAUGAUGGGAACAACCACCAUAAACUCUCAGAGCAACGGCGAGCAGUGAACAGAGGUCAGAACCCACUUCCUAUCUACCUGGCUCUUAAUGUUAAGGACAAUGUCGCCACGAGAGACUUUAGAGAGUGGGUAGAGUUCACACCAUAUGAGGUGGGAUUCCUAAAAUAUGGAGCAUUUGUUCAUGCUGAAGAUUUUGGAAGUGAGUUCUUCAUGGGGCACCUGAUGAAGAAGCUCCCAGAAUCAAGGAUCUGCUUUAUGCAAGGAAUGUGGAGUAGUAUAUUUUCCAAAAAUUUGUUGGAUGCCUGGCAUGGUGCUGACAGUUCAGAGGAUUUCUGGAACAGAUGGACCCAAGAUACUUUCACUGAAAUUGAUGAAGUACCUGAUUUACCAGAGAGACCUCAUGAUAUACCAACUCGCAUGUUCACUCCUGCAGGAGGCCUUUCCAAUGCUCUACGGGAUAUUUUAACGGACCGUCCAGCAGUGUCAAAGUACCAUAAUUUUUUAAAAGGGCUUCAAAUCCAUAAUGAGUACAUACAGAAUCAACAGUUUUCUGCAUGGAAAGAUACUGUCCUUGAUGAGUCCCCUAAUCAACUGAGAGAUCCUGCAGAUCAGCUGGAACUGGUAGAUACAGCAUUCUUCUUUGACACCAGUUGCCCUCCACUUCUAAGACCAGAAAGGAAAAUAGAUGUCAUUCUGCACUUCAAUUAUACUGGAGGAUCACAAACGAAGCCUCUGGAGCGAGCCUCUACAUACUUCACAGAGCAAGGAAUCCCAUUUCCCAAGACUUUGUUAAAUGAUGAAGAAAAGAAAAAUCUAAAGGAGUGUUAUGUGUUUGAAGAUGCUCACAAUCCAGAAGCUCCUGUUGUGAUAUAUUUUCCACUAGUAAAUGACACCUUCCAAAGAUACCUUGCACCUGGUGUGGAACGUAGUACUGCUGAAAUGUCACUAGGCAAUGUCGAUAUCUCUAGUGUCUUUUCUCCAUAUUCUACAAGACAGGUCUCGCUGCAGGAGGAUGAUUUCAACAAGAUGCUGAAUUUAACGAAUUACAAUGUCCAGAAUAAUGCAAACACAAUCUUGCAAGUUUUGCACAAAAGAGUGGAAUGGAAAAAAAUGGCUCUGACAUCUUAGGUUUCUUCAUGAAUAUGCUGUUGUUGCUUUCUAAACAGAAUAUAUAUAAGGGUGGGGGGAGGUCUAAUAGCUGGCCAAAAGGAUAGCUGGUUUUAAAUGAACUGGAGUAAUUUAAACUUUGGCUACCAAGUAUCACGACAACAGUUCUAGUAUUUAAUUAGUGGGGUGCGGGUAGAGAGUUCUAUCUGUGCACUAGAGCUGACAAACAUUUGGAUCACAGUAUAUAUACCAGAGCAAUGUCUCACAUACAUUCAGAUUCCUGAUUACUUAAAUGUUUGCCUGUAUCCAUGGAACUUUACAAAUUGCAUUGCAUUGCACCCGAUUCUGCACUCUGGAUGAUCCUACUUAAACAGAAGUGGUGUUCAAUUAAAUCAACUGUAUUCCAGCGCAGGUAGUGUUCUCAAAGAAUUUUCUCUGAACUCAUUUGAAAAUGUGAUUAUUCUUUUACCUUGAUAUUGUUAAGAUUAAAGAAUGAUUCUUAAUAACUGUGAAAUAGAGCACACAACCCACACUCUUAUAUAAAUGAAUGAUCGAAAUAAUGGUUGGACAAUUGAGUCAUACUUUGUAGGCUUGUUUAUGUCACAGGAUGCAAUCCUAUAUGUGCUUAUAUCCUUCGGGAGGAAGGGUGGGAUAUAAAUUCAAUAAAUAUAUAAAAUCUGGGAGUACUGAACCAAUGGGGCUUAUUUCUGACUCUUAGUAGACAUGUAUAGGAUUGCACUGUCAAGACUGUGCUCUUACCAUGUUAUUUCAUUGCUGUAGACACAAAACUAGAUAUUUAAUCCUUUAUUUUUCAUAACAGGAUACAUUCAACUCCUGCUCAUCUGUCUUUUCUUUUAAGAAUUGGUUUCCUGUAUGGUAGUUUGUAUAUAAUCAUCUGAAAAAUUUGUCAUGAGGUAAACUGGCUUUCAUGUGAAGAAAUGCUAAAGCCAAAGGCAUGAAUAAACAACAACAAAAGGUUG